AUGUGUAAUGUCAUAGUAUUGGCAACGUCCAAGCACAUAAACGGCGUCGUAGCGAAUGUUAAAAAGACUAGUACAAAAGACAAGACCACGAGUACCACGUGGUCACAUCUCAUUGAUCACUCCCUACACCAGAGAACACACCAUCAACAUUCAACGGCAACCAAACCAACGGUGUUGAUACAACUUACAAGGCACCUUCUCUUCUCGCGCCUAAAAUUUACGAAAUUUUCUCCCUUAAUCGGGUUUUCGUACUGGAAUGGCGGAAGGUCCGUCGAGUCCAGGCGAGAGUGGGGAUCUGAGCCCGAGGUCGUCGAACGUGAGGGAGCAGGACAGGAAUGUGUUUCUGAGUUCAUCAGCUUUAUCACUAGCGAGGCAAGUGAUAAGUGUCUAAAGGAAAAGAGGAAAACCAUUAAUGGUGAUGAUCUGUUAUGGGCAAUGGCCACACUAGGGUUUGAAGAUUACAUUGAACCACUUAAGGCAUACCUUAUUAGAUACAGAGAGAUUGAGGUUUGUUAA